GUGCUUUUGCGGCCGACCGAGGUACAUAGGUGGGAACCACCGAGUUCUCCGUUUGAACGUAACCGAGUCAGAAGAGGCGGAAAAGAGGGGCGAGAUCGCGAUUGCGAGCACGAGCAUGAACGCGAACGUGAAUGCGAGCGCGCAGUAGAGGCCAUACGUAAUCCGCGUAUCGUACGGACGUGCCAUACGCGAACCGCGAGACGGGGGAGGCAGGAGGAGGGAGGAGGGAGAAGGGAGGAAGGAGGAGAGCGAGUGCAGGGCCAGCCGACCGAGAGGGAACAGGGACACGGAGAGGAGGAUCGUGUGUACGUAGAGCAUCGGAAGAGUGUACCAGACCACUAGUGUUGUGACGGCGACCGUGCCCACGACUUCACCGCCGAGUCGGUAUCCGUGUUCCGUCGUUCCUCUUCCCCUUUUUGUUUCGCGGUUUCGCUACGUUUCCGUACCUAUCUCCACCUCCGAACCUCCUUUGGCGAAGGAUCACUCUGACUCUCUGCUAGAAAAACUACCCCCUUCGUUUUCUCACCCCAUUUCGAGUCACCGUUCCUUCCACGGCUUCUGUGAAUCCACUCCUCUUGCGUCUCUCUAUAUUUCUCCCACCUGUGGUUCACGGUGGACCCGCGCACUCCCCCUUCCCGAGUACCAGACCCUCCCCCACGGGUCCUCGUUCCGUACCGCGGGCGCGAACGCGGCCGCGACCGCGAGCACGUUUCCAUGAUCCGUACCGACACUUCCGGCGAAAAGUGAAACGUCAGGCGAUGAACCAAAGAACUCGAUGAAUCGAUCGCUCGUUUGAGAGACGGGGGUGGCAGAACAACUCCAGUGCUACAUCCACGGGACCGUUGGUACCUACGAAGAACGUGCGAGCAGGUGUUUCGGAGUAGUCCAUCGUCGCCGCCAAACUCCACACCACGUGCUCCGAACAGAAACCCGACACGAUCGUUGGAUAAACAGACGACAGCUUAAAGGACGGGAGUUUAUCGACCUACCGACCCUUGCUGAUUUAUUAUAAAGUGCACUUUCAAUUUAGCCACAACCAUGCGCUAUCCAUUGAUACUUCAAGCGUUCAUCACCGUUGCGCAUAUAUUGCCUGAAACUCGUCUGCAUCGACCAAACGUCCGGGGUAUAUACACUCUGCAGGAACACGUUCACGGACACGAGAUCGUGAUACCGCGAAAGGUGAACCACCGAGGAGAGCUCGUCUCGCACAACGUGACCCAUCACCACCACGAGGAUGGAUCGGUAGUCCACUAUCGGUUCUCGGUGACCGGUAACGUGUACCACCUCGAGUUGACGGCCGUGGAUAACUUCAUCGGGCCUCGAAUGGUCGUCGAAAGACGAAAACGAGACGUACACGUCCGCAGUCUGCCGAAGAAUCGAUCGAGCAAAUGCCAUUAUCGAGGAUUCAUUCGUGGACAUCGAAAUUCUCAAGUUACCUUGUCGGCCUGUGACGGUUUGGCGGGUAUGCUGCGCGGCGAGCACGGGGAGUUCUGGUUGGAACCAGUCGCCGUUUCCCCGGAAGAAGAACGAGUCAGCCUGGAGGAAAGACUGGAAGACGCCGGCGCCGAGGAUCGGUCUGCGAGCGGGCGGCAACGGAAUCUCCACUCUGUGCUCGGUAGGCCGCAUCUCGUGUUCCGUAGAUCCUCCGAGCAGCCGCAGCUCGAAAUCGGCGCCGCAGCAACCGGCCGCACCAAGCGUCGACGAAAAAAGAAGAGAAAACUCGAGAGAAACUGUGGCACUCGCGAGCCGAGGAGAUUGACGGAAACACGGCUCGAGUGGCAGACGCAGCCAGGUCUCGUUCAAGUUCAAGGACGAGGAAGAAGGAAACACCAUCCGACGAAACGAUGGCAACGCUCCAAAAGAUCGAUCAGCCGACCCCGUCACGUCGAGGCCCUCGUCGUCGCCGACACGACGAUGAUGGCUUUCCAUCAGGACGGCGACGUCGAGACAUAUCUGCUGACCAUCAUGAACAUGGUGUCGUCGCUCUACUUGGACCCCACCAUCGGGAAUUUCAUCAACGUCGUCGUGGUUAGAAUUAUUCUCGUCGAGGAGGACGAGGCAGAACAAGGAUUGGACAUCACGGUGAACGCGGAUAGGACGCUCUACAAUUUCUGCAAAUGGCAACAGAAACUGAAUCCGUCGGACGACUCGCACCCGAAUCACCACGACGUGGCGAUUUUGGUGACGAGGGAGGACAUUUGCUCGAGGGCCAACACGCCGUGCAGCACUCUGGGGGUGGCCCACGUAGCCGGAAUGUGCCAACCGGAACGCAGUUGCAGCGUCAACGAGGACAACGGAAUCACCCUGGCGCAUACGAUUACUCACGAAUUGGGACACAACUUUGGGAUGUACCACGACACGGAGAAAAUCGGGUGCAGCAAACGAGACGGCGACACCCUGCACGUGAUGACACCAACCUUCGAAGUCGACACCAUCGGCGUGGCCUGGUCGAGAUGCUCCAGGAGAGACAUUACAAAUUUUUUAGACCAAGGGAAAGGUGAAUGCUUGGAAGACGAACCAGCUGACAACGAUUACGCGUAUCCAGAUUUACCGCCUGGCGCGAUGUACAACGCGGAGCAUCAAUGCAGACUUCAAUUCGGCGUCAGAGAGGCUUCCGUUUGUUCACCCUUGCAGGAGAUCUGUUCGAAAUUGUGGUGCAUCGUUGACGGUACUUGCACCACCAUGCUACAUCCAGCUGCUCCAGGAACCCACUGUGGGAAACACAUGUGGUGUCAAAACCAAGAGUGCGUGCCGAUCGUGGACAGGCCACGGCAAAUCGACGGCGGAUGGGGUGAAUGGGAUUCUUGGAGCGAGUGCUCGAGAAGCUGCGGUGCGGGUGUCUCGAUCGUCGAGCGGAAAUGCGAUCAUCCAGAGCCAGCGCACGGCGGCAAGUUCUGUAUCGGUGAGAGGCGUCGAUACAAAAUUUGCAACACGCAAGCUUGUCCGGAAGGCACGGCCAGCUUCAGAGCCGUUCAGUGCAGCAAUUACGACGGCAAAGAGUACAAGGGGAAAAAUUACACCUGGUUACCGUAUUUCGAUCAAACGGAACCUUGCGAAUUGUAUUGCACCGAUACAGAGGAAAGCGUAAUCGUUCCAUGGGGUGAAGCAGCUAUGGAUGGUACACCUUGUAACGUUGGUACCAGGGACAUGUGUAUCUCUGGAAUCUGUCGAAAGGUCGGUUGCGACUGGACGGUCGAUUCCGACGCCACCGAAGACCGGUGUGGCAUUUGCCACGGGGACGGAACCCAAUGCGAAACAACCGGAGGUGUUUACGAGAAGAACGAUGGUCCGGGAUACAAACAGGUGGUCGUUGUCCCGUCUGGCUCGAGAAACAUCAAAAUCGAAGAAAUCGGUAACAGCAAGAAUUACAUUGGCAUUGGUGUGCCGAAUUCCGACAAGUACUUCCUCAAUGGGAAACGGCAGAUCACCUUAGCGGGAGAAUAUGAAGUGGCUGGAACUCCAGCUUUGUACGAACGUGAUCGCGAUAGGGAGAAAAUCCGAAUUCCUGGCCCUAUCAAAGAGGACAUCGCAAUCUAUUUGAUUUCCAGAGGACAUUAUCGCAAUUUCGGAUUGAGGUACGAAUACACUGUUCCGAAGAAGGAGCCAGAUCGUGCGCCAGAAUAUACUUGGGUAUUUUCGGAUUGGUCGCUCUGCACAGCCACUUGCGGAGGCGGUACCCAAAUCUCGAAAGCUCUCUGCACCGAGAAGAAGAGCGAAGUCGUCGAGGACCAUUUUUGCGAGGCCAUCGAAAGAUUAGAACCGAUAUUGAGAGAGUGCAACCUGAACCCUUGUCCUGCCAGAUGGUGGGUCGGGCCAUGGCAAAUGUGCCCUGUAACUUGCGGAGAGGGUGCCCUUCGAAAGCGAUCGGUAAUGUGCGUCUCCUCGGGAAUGGGUUCGAAUCGUUCAGACCUGGCUUUGCCCGACCGAGACUGCAACAAAGAUGCGAGGCCCGAGGAAGUUAGCCCGUGUCCCAAUUUACCGCGUUGCGGUUCCACCACUGACCACCCUUUGAUCGUCUACGCGGAUAACAAGGACGCUUCCUUCUACAACGUAAGCUCGAACGAUCAAGAUGGUAUCGCGAUCGUCGAUGGUCUGACUACCGAAGAACCGGAAAUCCUCGAGUUCGACAACGUCGUCGACGAGAACCCAGACAAUUCGAUGUACAAUACCAAAUCGAAAUGGAUCGUUUCGAAAUGGAACCACUGUGCCAACGGAAAGAGAAGCAGAAAAGUGACCUGUUCGGUACAAGGAGACUGUAGUCCCGAAAGCAAACCGACCACUGUUGAACUGUGCCAGGGUGGAAGAUGGGUCACUGAAAGUUGGGGAUCCUGCAACGCGUCUUGCUCAUCGAGACUCGGCGUUAAACGCAGAAAAGUCGAGUGUCGCGAUCGUAUAACGGGAUUACUGACCGACGACUGUAACCCCGAGAGAAGGCCAAUCGAUACAAGACGUUGUUAUCACAGGCGGCAGUGUCCAAAUGAUAAAACUGAAUGCAGGGACACCAUCGUACCAAAUUCGAUGUGCACAACGUAUAGACGCAUGUGCGACAUGUCAUCGAUCGUUCAAGACAAAUGUUGCGCCACGUGUUUGAAAAAACGCAAACACGGCCGCCAAAAUAGACGUCACAUCGUCGACGAUUGAACGAUUAACGAACCAUCGGAAAAACGAAUCUCGAAACUCGUCCGCCGCGAGGGUAAUGCUCCCUUUGUGAAACUCAAACCGUAUUAAUACGUUUGAUAAUAUACGUGUAAAUUAAUUAUUUUAACACUGUAGAUAAAUCAGGGAGUUUGUGAUGUUUGCAACUCCCGUAAUUCUAACGGUGCAAAUACAGAAAUUACAAUUCGCACGAUGUGCAAAUGUUUGUGUACAGAUACACGGUAUAUUUUUUAAUUAAAUAGCAUAAAUAAAGAUUAACUUUGAAUCUUA